ACUCCCCCACUUCCCGAAUUUGUCUCACCGUCAACACCACGACUCCUAAUCCUAAUUCAUUCAUAAAUUAAUCCUUGGUUAUUAUGUAUUUAAUUCAUCACCCAGUAAUUGCAUUCAAUGCGUUCUCUUUCUCUCUCUUAAAAACUUCUUUUUAGACCCAAUUUUGUCUGCUUUUAUUUAUUAUUGCUUCUCUGUAACUCCAAAUACUCAAUAAAGCUUCAGUUUGAACUUUUCUCUUUGUACAGUUAUGGAAUAUUUAACUAUUACCAAUUUCAAAACUUUCAAGUUGUUUCCCAACUGAAAUUUACUCACAGAUUCAGGAAUUUGAACCUAUAUUCUGCAGUUUUGAACACCCUUCUUCCUUGUAGCAAUUUGCAAGAUUUUUCAACUGAAAAUUAGUCAUAGAUUCAGCUAUUUGACUUUUUCUCAACAUUUUAGUAUCACCCUUUUUUUGGUAUGGUUAUACCCAUUACAAAUUUUCAAGUUUUUCAACUGAAAUUAUACCCAUAAGCUCGAAAUUUUGCACAAACAUUAGGAAGUAUGAACCAGCUUGAUUUCUUCAAGAAACUCAACCGGUUAACCGCACUUGAACUAUCAUUAUCAAUAGCUGCUUUUUUGGUGCUAACUUUGUGUCUAUUAUGUUCCUUGUUCUACUUUGAUAAUGGUGUUGGAGAUGGAGGAGGAGGGGUAAGGUCACGUGCUGGGGUCACGUGGUGGUUUGGGGGUAAUCUUAGUGGUAAUGCGGAGUUGGGAUUUAGUGAAGAAGGAGAUUGUGAUUAUUUUGAUGGGAAAUGGGUUUGGGAUGAAACUUAUCCUCUUUAUGAUUCCAAAGAUUGUUUGUUUAUUGAUGGUGGUUUUAGGUGUUCUGAGAAUGGUAGACCUGAUAAUUCCUACACUAAAUGGAGAUGGCAACCCAACAAAUGCAAUAUGCCCAGAUUCGACGCAAAGGCAAUGUUAGAAAAGCUUAGAAACAAGAGGCUUGCAUUUGUCGGGGACUCAAUCGGAAGAAACCAAUGGGAAUCCCUCCUGUGUAUGCUUUCUUCUGCAGUUUCUAAUAAGUCUUCAAUCUACGAAGUACAUGGAAACCCGAUAACAAAGCAUAUGGGGUCUUUGGUGUUUAUGUUUCGGGAUUAUAAUUGCACUAUUGAAUACUACAGAGCUCCAUUCUUAGUAGUGCAAGGCAGACCUCCUGGUGGUUCCCCACCAAAUGUGAAGUACACUCUAAAAGUGGAUAAGCUGGAUUGGAGCUCUGGCAAAUGGAAAGAUGUUGAUGUGCUGAUUUUAAAUGCUGGACAUUGGUGGACUAAUGACAAGACAAUUAAGAGUGGUUGUUACUUUGAAGAAGGAAAUGCUGUAAAGAUGAAUAUGACUGUUGAAACUGCUUUUAGACGGUCAAUAGAGACUGUUGCCAGCUGGAUAGAUAGUCAAGUAGAUACGAACAAGACAAGCAUCUUCUUUCGAUCCUAUGCUCCCGUGCACUUCAGUGGAGGCGACUGGAAAACUGGUGGUACUUGUCAUUUGGAAACAAUGCCAGACUUGACGGCUCCAUACUUGCCCCAUACUUGGGGCCAUUUCAAUACUGUGAAUGAUGCUCUUGCGGAUCAUGCAAACAAAUCUCAUGUGAGUAAAGUGAACUUGUUGAAUGUAACCUAUUUGACUUUACAGAGAAGAGAGGCUCAUUCAUCACUCUACUAUCUGGGGCCAAAACCAGCCCCGAUUCACAGGCAAGACUGUAGUCAUUGGUGUUUGCCUGGUGUUCCUGAUACAUGGAAUGAACUUCUGUAUGCAGUCUUCCUUAAGAAGCAGCAGCAAUUGCUUCGCUCUAAGAAUUCCACACUAGUAGCUGAGGCCCCUAGUAACUGAAAGCCUUCGGAGCAUGGUUGUUAAGUUGUGGGAGUAACAGCUUAAAUUUUACUUGGAAAAUAUACACGCAUCAUUUUUUAAACAAGUACGUCUUCCCUACUUCAUACUAACCAGAACGUUAUUGCAUAUCAACCGAGUGAUGCAUCACUUAUAAGGACUGUUUGAUUCUUCUGCCAUUGGAGGUUUACUGUUUUGUGUUCUAUCAGAAACUUGCUGGUGCUGUUGAGGUGGUUUGUAAAUGAAUACAGAGUUUGGUAUGACCAUCAGAAAACAGUCCUCUGCUGAUUUGCCUGUGAGAUUUGUCUGUGUGCAUGUACUGUAGUUGACAAGUUAUUUAGUUGAUGUGAAAACCAGUAACGGAACGGUCUGCACAAGUGAAGCAAACAACUGUUGGAAUGCAUAUCAGCGUUUCCUAGCGUGAAGUUCUCUCGUAGAAGGGAGGGAAAGAUUUGCCUCUAAAUUCCGGUACAUAUAAUUAUACAGAGUAGCUUGUAAUUUUUGUUUAUCACAUUGAUUUACCUUCUUUUUAUCAUUUUCCCCUUUCGAUGGAAAGCAUAUUAAAUUAUACGUAGUACGAAAGUAUUGAGAAUACGGUGUUUUAUAUACAUGAAAACCAGCUGAAUUUGUCAA